UUGGACGCCUUUUUUCUUUCUCUUUCGUUCCGUUUGUUUCAAUGACCUCGGGUCACACCUGAAGGCGACGAUCAAGCCAUGAGAGUGUUUCCCCUGAAAAGGCGACAUCGGUGACACCGUCUGCGGUCCAGCCGAGCGGGUCAUGGAGCGUGAAAUGAAAAGGCAAACACAGAUGCCCCCGAUGGUGUGAUGGUGUUGGGGAGGGUACAGUUGUAGUAUUGCGUGGCCGCUCAACAGAACAAACGGCUCCUUUUGGCCUCGCAGGGAUCACUUUUUACACCUUUUUGUUUUCCGUCAUUUCUCAGCGAGGAAGGGCUGUGUGAGUGGGCGAGUGCACCAUCUGCCAGGAGAAAAAUCCAGCCUCACCUCCACCUCCUGCCUCUCCUCUCCCGGUCCUCCCAGCUCCUGACGGGGCAUAAUCACAAUGGCCCACAUGUGGGAACACGCGCUGUUUGAUCCACCUGUUACAGAUGCAAUCACCAGGUAAUCAAUGCGCCUGCAAACAUCCAUCUUCAGCCGCUCUGCACCAUCUUAUCAGCGCCCUUUGCUUUCCUCUUCGUGUGAUUCCUCCGUCUGCUUCCUCUGUGUUUCAUUGUAAAUAAAAUGUUGAUGAUUUUUCUUCUUCUUUUUUUUCGUGCUUAGUUGUCAGAUCAGAAUUUGAACGUUUGAAGACCCCAAACUGAGCUGCUGAAUCACGGGAACAAACACAGAGCAGAUGGGCGGCAGCUGAACAGAAGGACGCCGCGAUAGAAGGAGCCGCCUCGCUUCCACCGGCAUGACGCCGGAGGAGACGCCGGAGAACGGCAGCUCGGCCGGAGCGCUGCUCCUCCUCCUGUUCAACGACAGCGACCUGAACCAGACGCUGUUCAACUCCACCAACUCCAGCUCGCCGGACGCCUCGCCGGGCCCCAGCGUGGCCGGCGUCCUCAUCCCGCUCAUCUACAUAGUCGUGUGCGCCAUCGGCCUGGGCGGGAACACGCUGGUGAUUCACAUCGUGCUGCGCUACUCCAAGAUCGAGUCGGUGACCAACAUCUACAUCCUCAACCUGGCCAUCGCCGACGAGCUCUUCAUGCUCGGCCUGCCCUUCCUGGCGGUUCAGAACACGCUCCAGUCGUGGCCCUUCGGCUCCUUCAUGUGCCGCCUGGUGAUGACGGUGGACUCCAUCAACCAGUUCACCAGCAUCUUCUGCCUGACCGUGAUGAGCAUCGACCGCUACCUCGCCGUGGUGCACCCCAUCAGGUCAUCCAAGUGGCGGCGCCCCCUGGUGGCCAAGGUGGUGAACAGCACCGUGUGGGCCCUGUCGUUUCUCGUGGUGCUGCCCGUGGUGAUCUUCGCCAACAUCCAGAAGGAGGGAGGCACCUGCAACAUCGCCUGGCCGCAGCCGGCUAACAUCUGGCGGGCGGCGUUCAUCAUUUACACCUCCACGGUGGGCUUCUUCGGCCCCCUUCUCAUCAUCUGCCUCUGCUACCUGCUCAUCGUCUUCAAGAUCCGCAGCUCGGGUAAGAAGGUCCACGCCACCUCCACCAAGCGGAGGAAGUCGGAGAGGAAAGUCACGCGCAUGGUGGUGAUCGUCGUCGCCGUGUUUGUCUUCUGCUGGCUGCCUUUCUACGCCCUCAACAUCAUCAACCUGCUGGUGUCGCUGCCCUCAGAGUACCAGGGUCUCUACUACUUCGUGGUGGUGCUCGGCUACGCCAACAGCUGCGCCAACCCCAUCGUCUACUGCUUCCUGUCGGACAACUUCAAGAGGGGCUUCCGGAAAGCCCUCUGCCGCUCCACCAGGAAGGUGGAGAACCACGAGCCCAUGGAGCGCCAGAAGAAGGAAGGCCGGUCGGCCAUCAGGCCCAGGGAGAGCCUGAGGCGGGCGGUCAGGGACGAGGAGGACGAGGAGGAGGAAGACGCUUCGGAGAUGAACGAGAUCUACCGAAUCGCCCAAAACGGCAACGGCGGCCUCCAGCCGCAGAGCUCGCAGCCGCUGCUGUCGGACAAAGCGGCGACUCCGGCGGCGGCGGAGCUCUCGUCCCCGGACGGGAAGGACGAAGCCGGCGACCCGAAGGGGAAGGACGCGGCCAACGGGUCCACGCUGACUGUACCGCUGCUCCUCAAUGGAAGCAAGAACGGGAGCGUUAAAACUCUGCCGGAGGAGGCGCUGGACCAGAGCACCUCGCUGGAGAUCAGCUACUUAUGAAAGAGCCGUGGUUUUUACCAACACACGUCAUGUUAUAUCUUGUACAUAUGCAUGAAUAUGAAAGUUGGCCCCUUACUUUUAUCACUAGUGUCUUGGUGGUUGUUGUACUGUAGGCUUUUUAUCCCAUGUUGUUAGACAUUGGUCCUUGUAUAAAACGACAUAAGUUACUUCAUUUAGGAGGACUCUUUGCCACCACUUCUCCUAUAAAUCAUGUGUGCUAUAUGUUUUAAGUGCUACUGCUGCCAGGAUCAUGUUGGCAGGUUUUAGGAAGGUCUUUGGUUUAUUCCUCUGUGUCAGUAUUUAGUUUUAGUUUAAGGACCCAAAGACCUAAUUAACAGCUGCCGACAUGUAUUCCAAGCUUCUUCAUGUCGUUAACUAGCAGCAUGUCGUUAACUAGCAGCAUGCCAUUAACUAGCAGCAUGUCGUUAACUAGCAGCAUGUCGUUAACUAGCAGCAUGCCGUUAACUAGCGACUGGAAGCUACUGGACUAAAAUAUGCAGAUGCAAUUAGGAGAGAGGGCUCCAGCCACAAUGACAUGAAUACGAACAGAAUAACACUGUUCUCUUACUUAUAUAUUUAGUUUCAGAUGAAGGUGCUUAAUGUGUAACUUAGUCAUUGACUCCACGCGGCUCUCAACAUGGCGGCUGAGCUAGCAUACCUCGCUAACGGCGCUUACGAUGCAAACAAAGAAAACACUGCUGAUGGAGUUGAUAGUGUUUAGCUGAGGGGGGGGGGGGCGUUUCUGUGGCAACGCUUUUAAACUCUAAAUUCAUAGGGAUUAUGCUUUCAUGAUUUUGUGUAAAAUACGUGUUUUCUGUGGAUUAAAGAGGAAUUCUUCAUAUGA